AAAUACCCACCUCGAAGUUUUCCUUCCCAAUUUUGCUCAUUCAAUACGGCGCGCACUCUCACCUCCCCAUUAAUUUAUUUUACUUCCCCCUAACAACAACACUCUAAUCAUCAUGAAUAAUACAUCAUUGUCCAAUAUUAAUUCCGCAACCCCAAUCACAACCACAACAAUUACUACAACUAACGAAGAAACAAGUAAACAAAUGCCUACAGAUGCUGCAAUUACACCACAUCAUCAUCAUGGUCUAUUAAACCAUCAGAAUCCUCGAUGAGAACUGUGAAUCCAAUCCGACAAAUUGUUGAUAAACUGCGUGAUGAAGAUAUGAAUCCAAAUAAGAGCAAACUUUCACUUUCUAUUGGUGACCCAACAGUAUUUGGUAAUUUAAAGACAGACAAGAUGGUCGAAGAAGCUAUCAUUAAAGCUGUUCAAGAAGGCAAAUGUAAUGGUUAUGCUCCAUCAAUGGGCAGAGAUGAUGCCAGAAAGGCAGUUGCUACAAGAUAUAGUUUAAAGAAUCAUUCAGUCAAGAUGUCUGAUGUCGUUAUUUGUAGUGGUGCCAGUGGUGCUCUCGAUAUUUGCAUUCAAGCAUUGUGUAAUGAAGGAGAUGAAAUUUUACUUCCACAACCAGGUUUUUCACUCUAUACUACUUUAGCCGGUAGCAAAGGUAUUGAAGCCAAAUAUUAUAAUCUCAAGUCAAAUGAUGCUUGGAAAGUUGACUUGGAACAUGCUAGAUCACUUGUUACAUCAAAGACUAGAGCUAUUCUUGUAAAUAAUCCAUCCAAUCCAUGUGGUUCUGUCUAUGAUGCUGCUCACUUGAAGGAUAUCAUUAAUUUUGCUGAAGAAUUCAAACUUCCAAUUAUUGCUGAUGAAAUUUAUGCUGACAUGAUUUUCGAUGAAACUGAAAAGUUCAUUCACAUGGCUGAAUUGACAGAUACUGUUCCAAUUUUGAGUGUUGGUGGUAUUGCUAAGCAAUUCCUUGUUCCAGGUUAUAGAGUUGGUUGGAUUAUCAUUUAUGACAAGAUGGGUUACAUGAAUCAACUCAGAGAUGGUAUUCAAAGAUUGACUACAUUAAUUUUGGGUGCCAAUACUCUCGUACAAGGUGCUUUACCUUAUAUUUUCGAAAAGGUUGAACCAUCCUUCUAUAAGAAUCUCAAUAGAUCAUUGAAAGAAAGUUCAGACUAUACAGCUGAAAGAAUUUCAAAUAUUAAGGGACUCUCAGCCAUUAGACCACAAGGUGCCAUGUAUUGUAUGAUUGGCAUUGAUAUUGACAUGUUUGAUGAUCAAAUCAAUGACGAUGUUGAAUUCUCCUCACUUUUAUUGAAAGAAGAAAGUCUCAUCGUGUUACCAGGUCAAUGUUUCAGAAUGAAGAACUUUUUCAGAGUUGUUACUUGUCCAUCUAAGAAUGACCUCGUUGAAGCUUAUGAUAGAUUGGAACAAUUCUGUGCUAGACACUUACGUAAAUAAAUAAUUUCUUAUUAAUUUUUC